AUGCCACCCAAGCAGAAGCGCAAGUCGGCACCCGCCGCUGAAUCCAGUGACUCUGGGAGGAAGAGAACCAAGACCGAGCAAACUGACGGGGAUCCUCUGCGUCGGCCGCAUCCUUUCUACAAGGACGCCGAGAGGCAUGGAAUUGUCCUCCGCAAGUACUACCCUCACGAGAUGAGCAACGACCGCGCACGCGCCUACAACAAUGACGAACUCCCGAGGCCCAUCGAGGAGCUCACCUCGGCGCUCGAGGAGACGUCGAAAGCGCGAAAGGCAGUCCAACCCAAGGACGCCGUGGUCCACUGGUUCAAGAUGGAUUUGCGGACGAUGGACAACCGAUCGCUAUCCCUUGCGAGCGAAACGGCCAAGGAAGCAGGGGUCCCGUUGAUCGCCCUAUUCAUUGUUAGCCCCCAGGACUACGAAGCCCAUCUCACAGCCCCCAUCCGCGUCGACUUCAUGCUCCGGACACUGCAUGUUCUGAGGGCUGACCUAGCCAAACUGGACAUCCCCCUAUACGUCGAGACCGUUGAGAAGCGCAAGACGAUACCUGACAGGAUCGCCGAGCUCAUGGAUCGAUGGGGAGCCAGCCACCUGUUUGCUAAUAUGGAGUACGAGGUCGACGAGCUUCGCCGAGAGGCGAAGAUGGUCCGAAUGUUUGCUGGCAGAGGCCUUUCGUAUGAGGUCUUGCAUGACACGUGCGUCGUCCCCCCCGGGCAACUCACCAGCGGAGCAGGCAAACAAUACGCCGUUUACUCUCCCUGGUGCCGAGCCUGGGUCCGACACGUACACGAGAACCUGGACCUUCUCGAGCUGUACGGUCCGCCCGCGCGGAACCCUCCUAGCGCAAGGGAAAAGUUCCAUGACUUGUUUGACACAGAGAUUCCGGACGAGAUUGUGGAUCGGAAGCUCGACGAUGAACAGAAGAAGCGUUUUCGCGCCUUCUUCCCGGCUGGCGAACACGAGGCACGAAGCCGCUUAGAGAAGUUCUGCGAGGAGAAGGUCGGCCAAUACCACAACAAACGCAACAUCCCCUAUGAUUCCGGGACUUCGAACCUCUCUGUGCAUCUCGCCAGUGGAACCAUCAGUUCGAGAACCUGUGUACGGUAUGCCCGCGACCGGAACAAGACCAAGAAGCUUGAUGCGGGCAUUGAGGGCAUCCGUGUCUGGAUAAGCGAGGUGGCGUGGCGAGACUUUUACAAGCACGUUUUGGUGAAUUGGCCCUAUGUCUGCAUGAACAAACCCUUCAAGCCCGAGUACGCAAACAUCGAAUGGUCAUACGAUAUGGACGAGUUCAAGGCGUGGUGCGCGGGCAAGACGGGCUUCCCCAUCGUUGACGCCGCCAUGCGCCAGAUGACCACAAUGGGAUGGAUGCAUAACCGGUGUCGCAUGAUCGUCGCAUGCUUCCUUGCAAAAGAUCUUCUUAUCGAUUGGCGCAUGGGCGAGCGUCACUUCAUGGAGAACCUCAUUGACGGCGACUUUGCCUCAAACAACGGCGGCUGGGGUUUCUCUGCCAGUGUCGGUGUCGAUCCCCAACCCUACUUCCGGAUUUUCAACCCGCUGUUGCAGAGUGAAAAGUUUGAUCCUGACGGGGAGUAUAUCCGGAAGUGGGUUCCUGAGCUGAAGGGCAUCAAGGGCAAGGCCAUUCACGACCCCUAUGGCCGUGGUGCUGGUGCGCAGGCGAAGAAGGCUGGGUAUCCUGAGCAGAUGGUCGAGCAUAAGGGGUGUCGUGAGCGGGCCUUGUCUGCGUACAAGUACGGCAUUGGAAGAGAUGACUUGUAG